AUGUGGCUCUCCUGGCUGACCGGGGCACUUCUGCUGGGAACUUUGUGUGCAGGCCUCAGCGGGGGGGAGGCCGACACCACCGACUGUCUGUACUACAACGUGAACUUCGAGCUGGAGCGGACCAAUCAGAGCGGAGUGGAGCGCUGCGAGGGCGAGCAAGACAAGCGCUCCCACUGCUACGCCUCCUGGAGGAACAGCUCGGGCUCCGUGGAGCUGGUGAAGAAGGGCUGCUGGCUGGACGACUUCAACUGCUACGACCGGCAGGACUGCGUGGCCACAGAGGAAAGUCCUCAGGUCUUCUUCUGCUGCUGUGAAGGAAACUUUUGUAACGAGAGGUUCACUCACCUGCCCGACGUCAGCGGACCACUGAUCAAAGCUCCGCCCCCCGGCGUGUUGAAUGUGAUGGUUUACUGCCUGCUGCCCUUCAUCAUGCUGUCUGUCGUCCUGCUCACCGCCGUCUGGAUGUACCGGCACCGGAAACCUCCGUACGGACACGUGGACCUGGCAGAGGACCCGGGUCCCACGGCGCCCCCCCUCCUGCGCCUCCAGCCCCUGCAGCUGCUGGAGGUGAAGGCCAGAGGUCGCUUCGGCUGCGUCUGGAAGGCCCAGAUGAGGAGCGAGCACGUGGCCGUCAAGAUCUUCCCUGUCCAGAACAAGGAGUCGUGGGAGAACGAGACCGACAUCUUCAUCACACCGGGGAUGAAGCACGAGAACAUCUUGAGGUUCAUCGCUGCAGAGAAACGAGGGAGUCACCUGGAGGCCGAACUGUGGCUCAUCACCGAGUUCCACGAGAGGGGUUCUCUGUCAGACUUCCUGAAGGGGAACAUCGUCAGCUGGUCCGAGUUGUGUCACAUCGGCGAGUCGAUGGCGUGCGGCCUGGCGUACCUUCACGAGGACAUCCCCCUCCUCAAAGGAGAGGGCGCCAAACCAGCCAUCGCCCACAGGGACUUCAAGAGUAAGAACGUCAUGCUGCGUUCGGACCUCUCCGCCGUGAUAGGAGACUUCGGCCUCGCCGUUCGCUUCGCGCCGGGAGAACCGCCGGGAGAGACCCACGGACAGGUGGGGACCUGGCGCUACAUGGCUCCGGAGGUCUUAGAAGGAGCGAUCAACUUCCAGAGAGACUCCUUCCUGAGGAUCGACAUGUACGCUCUGGGCCUCGUGCUCUGGGAGCUGGUGUCCCGCUGCAAAGCUGUGGACGGCCCGGUGGAUGAGUACCUGCUCCCCUUUGAGGAGGAGGUGGGUCAACAUCCGGCUCUGGAGGACCUGCAGGACGUGGUGGUCCAUAAGAAGAUGAGGCCGUCCCUCAAAAAGCUUUGGCUCAAGCACAGCGGUCUGGCUCAGGUCUGUGAGACGGUGGAGGAGUGCUGGGACCACGACGCUGAGGCUCGUCUGUCAGCCGGCUGCGUGGAGGAGAGGAUCUCUCAGGUCCGCCGCCUGACCGCCACCAUAGCCCCGCCUACCUCCGACCCCCACGUCCUGCUGAUCUCUGCACUGCCGCCGGUCCCCAUGUUGACCAACGUGGAGCCCAAGAGUCCAGUAUGUGAGGACAGGGAACACUGACUGCUUCUCUUUGAUCCGUCUGGACUUCUUUUCUUUGAUUCUCUCUUCGUCCGUUCGGAUGAAGGUUACCAGCACACGUUGUUUUCUCCAGUUUUCCUUCCAG